AUGGCCCCGACUCCCUUUGAACCUGCUCGCGACAUCCCCUCGCUGACGGGCAAGGUCGCGCUUGUUACGGGCGGCAACGCGGGCAUCGGCAAAGCAACCGUGCGUGCCCUGGCCUGCCACGGCCCCAAGGCCAUCUAUCUGUGCGGCCGUCGCCACGAGGCAUGCGAGGCCGCCGCCGCCGCGCUCCGCCAAGAGACGGGCUACGAGAGCAUUGUUGUGCUGGACUUGGACCUCGGCUCGCUCGAAAGCGUCAAGACGGCGGCCGCGGCCUUUCUGGCGCGCGAAUCCCGCCUCGACCUGCUCUUUCUCAAUGCCGGGGUGGCCAGCGUCGCGCCGACCCUCACCAAGGAGGGCUACGAGGCGCAGUUUGGCAUCAACCACGUGGGCCACGCCCUCCUCGCCCAGCUGCUGCUGCCCGUCCUGCUGGCCACCCAGGCGGCCACCGGCGGCGGCGACGUCCGGGUCGUCUUGACGUCGUCCAACGCCGCCUUUGCGGGCGCCGCGCUGCCCCGCGGCGGCCUCGCCCUCGACGCCAUGCGCACGCCCGACCCGUUCGCGCCCUUUACCCUGUAUGCGCACUCCAAGCUGGCCAACGCCCUGUUUGCGCGCCGUCUCGCGGCAGAGUACCCGUCGCUGUCGGUCACGGCGGUCCAGCCGGGCGUGGUCAAGUCGGACAUUUGGGGCAAAGGCGCCGGCGGGCUCUUCAGCUUGAUGAUGCGGACGGCUAUGCGGUUUGUGUGGGUCGACAUUGACGAGGGCGCCAAGACGCAGCUGUGGUGUGCGACGGCGAAGCGGUCGACGUCGACGAAGCCGGGCCACACGGGCGCUGCGGGCGUCGUGUCCGGCGCCUUCUACGUGCCGGUGGGCAAGCUGCAGCCGUACAAGGGCGCGACGGCGAAGCAGGAGCUGGUCGACGCGCUGUGGGACUGGACGACGGAGGAGCUGGCCAAGCACGGCGGGCCAGGGUGGGCGUAG